CAAAGAUGGAAAGUAUUUAAUUCAGCUGUCCGCAGCAGAAUGUUCUUUUGUCAUCUCCUCCCAGACCCCCACUGUAACAGACCCUUUCUGCUGUAUGCUCUUUCCUCCCCUUUCUCCUUCCCCAAAUGAAUUCACACUGGAUCCUGCUGUUCUGCUGCUGGCUGGCGAAGGUGAACGGGAACAUGUUCCAGGACCAGCUGGGGACUUUUUCCGAGAUUUUUCAUUUCCUCACCGAUCAGAUCUGGGACUCAGAGUUCGAGCUGGCAGAUUUCAUAAAGAAAGGAGCAAACCCUUUGGAUGCCUGGUCCUUCUCUUCGCUUCAAGACAGUACCAGGAACUGGUACUGCAGUGUGCACGGGUGCUGCGAGUCCACGGACUGCCGGCUCAUUAACAACAUUACAGGGCUGGACCAUGAUUUGGGCACAAAGCUGCACGGACAGCACCUGGCCAAGGAGGUGGUGGUGAAAGCUGUGAAGGGCUUUUUAGCCACCCCACAGCCACAGAAAGCACUCGCGCUCUCCUUCCACGGCUGGUCUGGAACCGGCAAGAAAUUUGUGGCGAGAAUGAUAGCCGACAACCUGUAUCGAGAUGGCCUGAGGAGCGAGUGUGUGCACCUCUACAUCGCCCCCUUUCACUUCCCCUAUGCCGACCUGGUGGACAAAUAUAAGGCCCUGCUUCUGCAACGGAUCCUAGCAGCCGUGCAGCACUGCGAUCGAUCCCUGUUUAUAUUUGAUGAGGCUGAAAAGCUACACCAAGGUCUUAUUGACGCCAUUAAACCUUACAUCGACCACUAUGACAACGUGGACGGUGUGGACUUCAGGAAAUCCAUGUUCAUUUUUUUGAGUAAUGUGGGAGGACAUUCCAUAAGCAGAAUGACGCUGGAUUUUUGGCGAGCAGGGAGGAACCGCGAGGAGAUUACAAUGGAAGAUCUGGAGCACAGAAUACAAAGAGAGGCUACAACCUCAGAAGGUGGAUUCACACAAAGCGUCCUCGUAGCCGAGAACCUCAUUGACUUCUUCAUCCCUUUCCUGCCCCUGGAGUACAAGCACGUCAAGCUGUGUGCGCGCGAUGCUCUCCGAUCCAGAGGCAUCAACUACAAAGUGGACAUUUUGGACGAAGUGGCCAGAGGGAUGUCCUAUGUGCCCAAGUCAGAGAAACUAUUCUCCGCCCAGGGCUGCAAAUCCGUCUCCCAACGAGUCAAUUUCUUUCUACCCUGACGCUGCACGAGCAGAGUAAAACCACCUCGAGCACAAUGCCCCUCAAGAACAGGGCAAGGACAUCCGUUGAACUGAAGCUUCUGAAACUGUGGACCCGCAUUUCCAGCGCACUUGGAGUUGCUAUCUGGGCCAAUGAUAGGAGAGAUUCAUCUGUUAUUAACUAAAGCCGAAGGUGCAGAGAGUUUCGUUCUUACUUUCUCAUGAACAUGAGUCGUUGAAACCUGGUUCCAGCUCGUGUCUAUUGCUGUUACGCUGGGAUCUGUGCUAAAUUGCGAUAUUCUGUAAAGAGAUGGGAAGUGCUCAUUGUAAGCAGCCUGGGUCAAUCUGAGCGGUUGGAUGGAGGGGAUGGGAAAGAAAGGGCAUGGGGGAUUGGCGGGGUGGGGGGGAGAAUAACAAUUUCCGAAAGACACCAAUCGACAAGAAUUAAAAGACCAGAGAGCAAACCACAUUGAAUCGGGAAGAUGGAUUCAUUUUCCAACCCGACUCUCCGAUCGCUCUGGCUGAUCCAGGCUAAAUUGAGCACAUCCCACCUCCGCUUUAGAAAAUAUCGUAAACUGGACACCGAUGUGUUCUGUGUGUGUGUUUUUUCUAUCAUCAGUGUUAUUCUGCUGAAGAGUGUCAACCAGAAUGCUGCAGUAAAUACGAAUGUCCACAAGAGGGCGCUCUGA